AUGAUCAAAAUCGAACACGAUACCUAUAGGAGACCGCGACGAUACGUACUGUUCUACUUGUUCGACAGCCAGACUAAGAACGUGGUCAGCGACAUAGAUAUGGUGAUUUCACCAAUAACCACAACGACAUUACGACCUGGUGCAAGUCAUCCAUUCAUUAAAGGCAGUUUUCGGGUCAUAUCUGGUCCUGAAGCGAAGGACAUGUGUAAAGCCCUAAUGGUGUGCCAAGAUCGCUACCAAGUGGCAAGUACCAACUAG